ACACUGCUAUUUCAUAGGUGACAUUGUAGUUACAAUGUUGACUUUAAUAUUGCUUUUGUUAAGUGCAGUUCUGUUAUUUAAAAUUUAUUUCAUAAGGUAUCAAAAUUACUGGAGAAAACAAAACGUUAUUCAAAUCGAUGGUGUUGUAAACAGGUUCAUGUUUGGUAAACGUUCGCUGGGCGAAAUUUAUAAAGAAAUAAUGGACGAAAAUCCAUCUCAACCCUACAUUGGAAUAUUCCUCGGUUCAAGUCCUACAUUAUUACUUAGAGACUUAAAAGACAUUGAAUCAGUUCUCCAGAGUAACUUUAACUGUUUCAAUAAUCGUGGCAUAGUAACAAACCCGCAAGAACCACUAACAGACAAUAUGCUAUUCACAAAUAACUACAAUCGGUGGAAACUAAUGAAGCAAACAUUUUCACCAAUGCUUACGAACACGAAGAUAAAAAUUAUGUUUCAGUAUAUACAUAAGAGUGCUCGAGACUUUCUUGAUCCUAUUAAUAAUGAUAAGGAAUGUUCGCUUAGAGAUAUGUAUGCUUUUGGAACUUCCAUUAUUGCAGCAAGUAUUUUCGCAAUAGACCAGACAACUAGCAUUGUAAAUACUUUAACUGAUAUGUUUUGGGAUAUAAACGAGGCGUCCAAGAAAAACAACAUUAUAUUUUACAUAUCCAAUACAUUCCCGGAAAUUUUUAAAUUGCUUAACUUUAAACACUUCGAUAAAUAUAACGAGUUAUUCGUGAAUUUCGUUAAACAAAUUAUAGAAAAUCGACGCAAAGAUAACGACGUUUCGCGUCAAGAUAUCGUACAGAGUGUGUUGCAAUUACAAAAAAAUGGUAUAAUAAAAGAUGAAACCACUGGAUACGAAAUUAUACCAACUGAUGAAUUAGUUGCAGCACAAUACUUUCUGUUUUUCUUAGGAGGUAUAGAUAAUAUUUCGAUUUCUUUACAUUUUGCUAUGUUAGAACUGGCUCAUAAUAAAUACAUUUUAGAUAGACUUCAUAAUGAGAUUGAUAUUGUUUUUGAGAAUUGCAACGACAAGAUUAAUUUUGAGGAAUUAGGGAAAUUAGAAUAUUUAGAUAUGAUUAUAAGUGAAUUGCUUAGAAAAUACCCACCAGUACUUGCGUUACAGAGAUGUUGUACCAGUGAUACAACUUUACCGUCGACUCAAGCGAAAGUUUAUAAAGGUACGACAAUAUUAGUACCGGUUUUCGCAUUACACAGAGAUCCUAAAUUAUUUCCUGACCCCGAACUAUUUGAUCCUGACAUAUUUUCUUCUAGAAAUCAGUGUAAAAUCACUAAGUUUAGCUAUUUACCGUUUGGCGAGGGUCAAAGAAAAUGUUUAGGUGUGCGAUUUGAAAGAAUACUUCUCAAAUUUAGUAUAGCAGUGAUUUUGAGAAAAUGUACCGUCAAGGAAAAUAAGUACGAGCCAAAUGCUUAUGAUCAUAGUUUUUUCUCCUUGAGAGAUUCAUCAGCUCACUUCAUAUUAAUACCAAGAAACAAAGUAAAUUAUUCAUAAGUCU